CCAAAAAUGUGAUCUUCUUUUUCUUGAAAUUUUUUAUUUGGGUUUAAUUUUGUGCAAACAAAUAUGCCUACAAGAGCGAUGUGCAAAGCCGAUAUUGAAGAAGAGAGGCUCUCUGAGGAAAAAAAGGUCAUGUUUAACGAUGUUAUAGUGAAAGAAGCAGAAGAGUUUAAGGAUGUUAGAAAUAAAGAAGGUUCUUAUCAUGCCAUGGAAGAUUUGGAGGAAGCUUUGCCAAUAAGGAGGGGGCUUUCGAGGUUCUACACCGGGAAAUCGAGGUCGUUUGCGAACCUAGCCGAUGCAUUCAAGAUCAAAGACAUCCAAGAAUUGGCCAAACCGGACUAUUUCCACAUCUGCAAGAUGAGGAAACAGCGCAAAAACAUGCUCGCGCCAAGGAUCGAUGGGGGCUCCAUAUCGAAGAGGCCCACGACCUCCGCCACCAAUUUGGCUCUGGCUGUGGCUAUGAGCAACUCGGAGAGCGAAUGCAACUCUCCAUGACUAAACGGAAUAGAUGCCGGCUGGCCAGGCCUAGAUAGAA